AUGGAGGACGUUGGAGAGGAGGAAAUAGCGACAUCUUGCUGCGCCUGCUUGACAGCUAUCUUCUCCAGGUUCAGGAGCAGCAGGAAAAGGCGUGUCAAUCAGCCCUCUGAAAAUUACAGAGUUACCAGGGUCCUCAACCGCCUGAGAAGGAGGCUAAAAGAGAGGCAGGCCCAGACCCAGGCCGCACCUGAAUCCAACCUCUCUGGGUCUCAGAAAGUCACCGAGACCAACCAGGCCACUGACACCAAAGAUGGCAACCAGGUGAUGGAUGCGGCAACGCCUAUUUGGUCUAAGUGGUUCAUCACUCAGCAAAGGAGGAAGCUGGAGCGACAGGCUAAGGCUGCAAAGACAGCAGCAUCAGAGUCGAGACUCCAUAAGUCCCAGCCAGACCAGGCCACUGAGACCAUUGAGACCCCCGAGGGGGCAACCAAGACCAUUGAGGUCCCCGAGGUCAUUGAGGAUAAUGAGGGCCAGGAGGUGAUGGCAUCCGACCUCCCCAAGAUGGCUGAGGAGGCAGCCCCUCAGGAGCCCAUGGGAUGCUGGGGGGACGUCCCGUCUACCCCUCUGGAGGAUGCUGAGGCUACUGAGAAAGCAGAGGGAGAACAGGGCCUGAUCGCAGAAGAUGACCUGGACAGUGUGAGCAGUACUCUGAAAGACCUUGUGAUGGAGAAACAGUACAGCAUGUAUGGAGACCCGGACACCGUGAGCAUCGUUUUCACCAGCUCAGAGUCAGACCUCAGUGAGCUGGACAGGCUCCAGUCACAAGAUGACCUGGACACUCUGAGCAUCACUUCCACCAGCUCAAACCUCAGUGGCCUGGACAGCCUCUUCCAGUCACAAGACGACCUGGACCUUCUGAGCGUCGAUUCCAGCAGCUCCAACCUCAGUGGCCUGGACAGCCUCUUCCAGUCACAAGACGACCUGGACACUCUGAGCAAUGGUUCCAGCAUUUCCAACCUUGGCCUAGAAGAUCUGUUCAACAUGGAGGAGGAGGUGAACCUGAACAUGAUGAACCAGGAUGGACAGUCUGUGAAGCAGGAAGGGUCCACCAUCACCCCCUGCCGAGCACUAGGAAUGCUGCUACUCUGUGCUGGUGCAGUGGGGCUGGGCUUCAUGCAGGCUUACAUGCUUGGCUUUUAAGCCUGCCCAGUACACGCUUAGGGUGGUUGAACCAUAUACUUGGAUUUUUGGACUUAUGAACUUGGAUUUGGAUUUGACUUACGGAUAUGGAUUUGUGGAAGAAUGGACAUGAUUUUUUUGGUGCCUACCCAGGCAAUUACCCUGCAGCCGGCCCUACUGACCCUGAACUAACCAUCCCCUGCAGCUGGCCCCUGGGACCGGCCCCU